UCCGCUUCCGGUGGCUGUUUCGAGUGCGGAGUUUCCGUUCCAGGCUGAAGCCGUUGCCCGGUGCCCAUUGUGACUCCCGUCUUCCCCGGCUAAAGCAGGUCCAGCUGAUGGAGGAUUCCGACAACCGGACCGAAGUGAUCCUGCUGGCAUGUGGCUCAUUCAACCCCAUCACCAACAUGCACCUUCGGCUUUUCGAACUGGCAAGAGACCACCUGCAGGAAACAGGGAAAUACAAAGUGGUGAAAGGGAUCAUUUCGCCAGUGGGGGACGCCUACCUGAAGAAGGGCCUGAUCAGUGCCAGUCACCGGCUGGCCAUGGCAAGACUCGCGACAGAAAACUCAGACUGGCUGGAAGUCGAUGACUGGGAAAGCAGCCAAAAAGAGUGGCAAGAAACCAUCAACGUCCUCAGAUAUCACCACCAGAAGUUGAAGCAUUCCUAUUCUGCCAACAGCAUGGAAGAUGCUCAAAUUCCAAACAAAACGAGCCGGAAGAGGAAGCGGGCAGCGGGGAGCCAACUCCCCGUUAGAAUGAAUCAACCCAAACGAAAAUGCCUCCCCCAGCUGAAGAUUCUGUGUGGAACGGAUCUUCUGGAAUCCUUUGCGGUGCCCAGCCUCUGGAAACCAGAAGAUAUCCAGGAAAUCGUCUCCAAGCACGGCAUGGUUUGCGUUACCAGGCUGGGGAACCACGCCCAGAAGUUCAUCUACGAGUCGGACACGCUGUGGAAGCACAAGGAGAACAUCGACCUGGUGGAGGAAUGGAUCACCAACGACAUCUCGGCCACCAAGAUACGGAGAGCCCUCAGGAGGGGGCAGAGCAUACGGUACCUGGUGCCUGAUUUGGUUCAGUCCUACAUCAAACAGCACAAUCUGUACACUGUAGAGACCGAAGACCAGAAUGCAGGCAUUGUCUUGGCUCCUUUGCAGAGAUAUGCCCAAGAGCCCAUCAAAAAUUGAUUGGCACAAGGACGGAGUGGGUGGGGAGAAGAGAGAGCAGGAAUAGGGGCAGAUUGGAAAGCUGGCUGCAGUUUUAGAUGCUGUCUCCUCUCUAGUGGAAUCCCUUUGCAUGCCCGGUUUGAAUUUCGGAAAGCGAUCGGCUUACCGGCCCAAAUAACCACAAACUGGUUAUUUGUGACUGGCAGAAAACUGGUGAAUUCAACCCUGAGCUUCUGCAAAGGCAACCGAGAGGUUCUAGAAUGGCAGCAACUCAGCCCUCGAUCUGCUUCCUAGCUCUGUUCUGUCCACCAUUCGGAGCAGACUGAAACACUGUUUGAAAGCUAGCUUUGGCGUCCAGCUCUGGUUUCAAACAGAACUGGUGCAUCUGGGAAGCCACAGAUAACAGCUCGGCUUUGAAGCGAUGGUUGGUACCUCUGCAUGGCGGUUCUUGUGUGCGCCUGAGGCCCGCUCCUCAUUUCUUAGUCUUAAUGAGGUCCUGUUUUUAGCCCUUGCUCCAAUUUUGGGAGGCAGUGAGAGACAGGGGCUCCGAAAGAAACGGAGAGUACUAUUAAAUGGGCCAGAUUCUUUCCCUAAAAAAGCACUUAUGUGAAGGCUUAUAUCUUCAGAGAAAAAGAAGUUUACUCCAAUGAGUCCUACCUCACCCAGAUUUCCCAGUACUGUACUCUGGCUCACUUGAAAUGCACCGUUCAGGGUCUGGGGGUGAUCCCACCUUAAGUGCCUCGUCAAAUAACACAGUAUAGUAUUUAGUUGUAAAUCUGAGCCAUCAUUGUUAAACUCUGUGGACAUUUGAAACCAUCUUUGUCUGCUAAGGUGACCCGAGAAUGUAACUUUUUAAAAUGCUAGGCCUAUCAUGGUUUAUUUUAGCUGCGUUGGAUGGUUAAUAAGCCUACAUUAAAAAAAACAACAACCACCCUUUCCCACACAGAUAACAAAUACUAGGCAAACCUUCACUGUGACAUAUCAGUUUUCAACAAGCAUGGAUAUUUUUUUUUUUUUUUUGAAAUUAUGGUUAGAGCAUGCAAUCAUGUGAGCCAUGCAGAUUGAUCAUGUCAGUGGGUUUAUUUUGGCCAUCAGGAAGAUAAAACUCCUUAGCAGUUCAAAGGUGGUCUAUCCCGCCAGGCCAGUGGCAGACCAGAGUUGUUUUAUAUCUCUGUAAACUGCCAAACCAGGUUUGUCUUCUGUGGUUUCCACUCAGCAGCUCAUUGUAUAUAUCCCAAGAUUUUUUUUCCAUCCCCUAACUCAGGGUUUUUCAAACUUGGCGUCUUUAAGAUGGGUGGAUUUCAACUCCCAGAAUUCCCCAGCCAACACGACUGUCUCAAGGAAUUGUGGGAGUUAAAAGUCCAUUCAUCUGAAUGUUGCCAUGUUCGGAAAACACUGCCCUACUUAGAUUGAGUCAGAGAACUGUUGAUUUAGAAGUAAGAAACAAGCAAUAAGUUUUGCUGCUCAAAUUUCUGCCCCAGAGGGAAGGAGCUAAUUUGAAUUUUUUUAAAAAUUCAGCCAUGUAAUAUGAAUUAAAAAAAAAAAAACUACUGGAAAUAGGGCAGAGGGGAAAAAAGGAAUAACAAGAAAUAAAGAAAACCCAAACUCGGCUAUGAUGAGUGAAGAUUGACAGGGCAGUGACAGGUUCUGUUUAGCGUGAAAGAAAAAAUACAUGCUGGAAUAAGAAACACCUUUAUAAAAACCUACCCUCAUCAAUGUUGUCAUUUCUGAUUAUUUUCUCUUUAUUUACAAAUUAGAUAUGAUGUUUGUGUGUGCCUAUAUGAUAUUUUCCUUUGAAAUGUUUGAGUGUUUUUUUCUCUCCAUAUUUUAGCUGUUAACAAAAAAGUCCUUUAUGCACAUCGUCUAUAACUGCACUUUGAUUCCCUCUACAAAAACCUACCCUUAAAGAUCAUAAUGCUGUUUGUAAAAAUGUGUGUGUAUAAAUCCUGAACUUGAUAAUAGAAUCACAAUCUGAAUGUACCACAAAAUCAACACAUACCCUUCUCUGUGGAUGGGAAAAAUA